GGGCGCGGGAGAGUGGGUAGAAAGAGUGUUUAUCUGUCUUCAUUCGGCUGAGCAGAUGACACGAUACGCUCUUUGCAGAGUUGCACAAAGAAAUCAUUUUACAUUUACACUCAUGGCGUAAGGGAAAUUUCUUUUUCUAAACCGGUUUCCUCUCCUUCUGACAAUGAUAGUGAGCGACCACAUGCAGUCCCCCGUCUCCAACAACCACAGCCCGCGCACUCCCAGCGGCCCCUUCCACACCAUGGGCGCCAAUGGAGCCGAUUUCACGCCUGCUGGCUUUGGGAACCAUGUCCGACCCAAGACAGAGCCCGACCUCGUAGGGUCUUCGCCCCUGGAUGUCUUCAACAAGCCCUACCACCACCAGCAGAGCCAUCACCACAUGCACUCACCGCAGCAAGGAUACCAUGGGAUGGCCCACUUUGGCGGACCCCAGCAUCAUCAUAACUCUCCUCAUGCCUAUAGCCCACAGCACGCCACCUUCCCCCCCAACUUUUCAUAUGGCCCCGUCUCCAACGGCAAUGGCACUUCGGUCCCUGCUCAAGAUCAGACAUCGACCACUCCACCACCUAUUCGAUAUAUGCCCUCCCGCAACCAGCAGCAGUCCUUCGUACCCUAUCCAGCGACGACCCAGGGCCAGUCUCCACAGUCCUCUCAGGGUUCACAGCAGCGCCACAGCCUUUCUCCUGGGCAGUACGGAGGAGGAUCGCCUGCGAUGAUGAUGCCGAGCUCAAGCAGCAAUGGUCACAUCUCUGCACACGACUUUAACCUGCAGAUGGGUUACCACUCGCCCGUGACAACAAGUCCCAGCACAUUUGGCGGCAUCUCCGGCGGCUCACCUCAGUCCAGCCAUCCUCAGUCAUCACAUCAUCACCAUGCUUCGCUUCCACCAACGACACAAGGCUGGAGCGACUUUAGCUAUCAGUCCUAUUCUGCAGGGCCCAUCUCGGAUCAUCAUGACCAGCAUGACCAUGACAGCUCAUCUCCUUAAGUUGGGGCUCGUUUCCGGCCGAACCGCUGACCAGGAUGCAAAUAUCCACCCAUGCCAACGCCAAUGCUCUUUAUAGACGGACAUGGAAAAGGAAAAGAUCCUAGAGUGGAGGUCAUUUGGGAGGUUUUUUUCUUCGUUAUUUAUCUUUUUAUUAUAGAUUCUUUUUAUUUUUUUUUAUCGCAGUGAGCGAGAGAAAAAAAAAAAAAG